CUCACACCGAUUUGACGCUCUGCCUCGACUUAAGAUUGGAACACCUCGGUCGCUUUAGAUGCGGAAAGUAAAGAGGUUACCUUCCAAGUCGUUGUUCGUGCGCACCUCCUCUUAAACACGCACCAAUUGAGGGGUCGCCAUACACUGCCGUGGAUCCAUGUACGGGAAAUGUACUCGCAUACCCGCAGUACGGGACCCCCGACUCCUUCAGCAACCUCCAUCAGCCUGUUGAAUGCCGGUUCAAUUUGUUCAACUGAGAUGAAGUACUUUGUAGUGCAAGAUGUGUUCCAGUAUACCUGGGAACAAGUGGUCUGUGGAUUCUGGAAGCGCUACCCGAAUCCAAACAGUCGUCACAUAAUGUCAGAGGACGUGUUGGAUCGUAAACUGGUUGGGAACAAAUUAAUUACAAAGAGACUUAUUACCAAAAAAGGCAGCAUUCCAAAGUGGGGUGAGAAAUUCAUCAAAGGAUGUAGCAAGGCGUAUGUGGUAGAAGAAUCUAUUGUUGACAUGGCGAAUAGCACAUUUACAACAUACACAAGAAAUGUGAACUUAAAAGACAUCUCGACAGUAGACGAGAAGUGUGUUUACACAGCCGACAGACUCCACACCACUCUAACACGCCAGGGGUGGGUAGCAUCCUUCCGUCGUUUCUCCGCAAACAUGAUUGAACAAUUCACUUUCCACAAAUUUAAGAGCUCUACAGCAAAGUCGGCAGAAGGUUUUAAGCUAGUCCUCGGAAAAUUGUACCACCAUGAAACUGAGCACCCUUCCAGAGCUGAAAAGUUGAAGAAUUCUGCAAAAAUUGCUAAAGACAUCGCUAAAAGCAAAGUAUUCCACACUUCCACAUGUGAUGGCAAUGCACGAUAAAAUACUAAGUGUGUGGAAGAAAAAUUAGGGCAGCUUUGAACUUGGUAUUGCAUUACUAUGUUUCAAGUGAUUGGAAACUAUGUUACUUUUGUUUGACAGUAUUACUCAUCAGUUUGGUCAAUUUUGUGUGACUAAUAAAUACUGUGUCUGCAUAAUCAAGAUGACAGUUAUUAGGUAAUAUAUACACAUUUUAUUCAGAGUUUAAUAAAUGGAUUAAUUUUCCUGUACUAAAUGAUUGAAAAUGACACUACCAGGGGUGAUAAAAAAAGUGUAUGAAAAGGUUCCAGUAUUCCUUUAUUAUCCCCGCCGAAAAAAAAUUCGGAGGGGAUAUAGUAAUUGGUCCUGUCCGUCUGUCCGUCGGGCUAAAACUUUGUCCGGAGCAUAACUCCAAAUCUAUUCAAUGGAUUUACUUGAAACUUGAAAUAUAAACAGAUGGCAACUAGGAGAAGUGCAGUGACCAAGAACCACAACUCUAUCUACCUUAGUUUUUUAAUAAUCUCCCCUUUUAUAUAAUUUUAAAGUAAAUUUUGUCUGGAGCAUUACUCUAAAUCUACUGAAGGGAUUUACUUGAAACUUGAAAUAUAAACAGAUGGCAACUAGGAGAAGUGCAGUGACCAAGAACCAUAACUCUAUCUAGCUUAGUUUUUUAAUUAUCUCCCCUUUUAUAUAAUUUUAAAGUAAAUUUUUUUCCAGAGCAUAACUCUAAAUCUACUGAAGGGAUUUACUUGAAACUUGAAAUAUAAACAGAUGGCAAGUAGGUUAAGUGCAGUGACUAAGAACCAUAGCUCUACCUUAAUUUUUUAAUUAUCUCCCCUUUUAUAUAACUUUAAAGUAAAUUUUGUCCGGAGCAUAACUCUAAAUCUACGAAAGGGAUUUACUUGAAACUUGAAAUAUAAACAUAUGGCAACUAGGAGAAGUGCAGUGGCCAAGAACCAUAACUCCCCUUUUAUAUAAUUUUUAAGUAAAUUUUUGUCCAGAGCAUCACUCUAAAUCUACUGAAGGGAUUUACUUAAAACUUCAAACUUAAACAGGUGGCAAGUAGGAGAAGUGCAGUGACUAAGAACCAUAACUAUCUACCUUAGUGUUUGAAUUAUAUCCCUUUAUUUAAUUGCAAAGUAAUUUUUUGUCUGGAGCAUAAUGAAUUAUCUCCCUUUAUUUGUUUUUACAAAUAUUAUUCUACUCUCUAAAACAAAUGUUGUCAUACAAGCAAACACAUUUCGGCGGGGAUUUGGCAAUACUGUGACAAGCUCUUGUUAAACUUAGUACAAAUGUGCUAUGAUGACAUGUAACUAUGAUAUGGGCAUAAUGGCCCAUUAUAUAUUCUACAUGUAUUUGAAUACAAUGAAACGAUUUAGUUCAAAUGUUUGUGAAAUAAUUAUUUUCUCUAUAGCAAACUCAUCUUCCAAAAUGCAAUUGUAUUAAUAAAAUUUGCUUAAUACAUUUUGCAUGUGGCUCACCCAUUUUACACAAUACCUUAACAAAUUUAACUUGUAAAUUCUUCCAAUCCUUAGGUGUGUAAUUUUAUUUACAAAUAUUGACAACAUUUUUCUCUUAACUCAUUUUUAGCUCAGCUGUUUUCGGAGAAAACUCGAGGUAUUGUCAUAGCCAGCUUGUCAGGUCAUGUCUGUCGUCGUGUCCGCGUCGUGCUAAAACCUUAACAUUUUGUUUAGGUUUUGAACAUUGGAGCCUCUAAAAUCAAAGUGCUUCCACCUACAACUUUGAAACUUCAUAUGUAGCUGCACCUUGAUGAGUUCUACACGCCACACCCAUAUUUGUGUCACUAGGUCAAAGGUUACUGUGACCUAAAAAAAAACAACAUACUGACAAGCUUUCAUUUCUUCAAAAAAAAAUAAAAAUUGGAUCAUCAAAAUGAUGAUUAUGCCUGUCAUAAAUUAGUCAGUCGAUCCACAAACUGUAGAGUUUUAACAAGUUUUGCAUACUUAUGGAUCCAGCAUUGUAGAUAGUAUGUUGUGUUUAACUUAGUUCUUUUAGACUAAUUCAAUGUUAAACUCAUGUAGGUUGCCAAAGGUGUUAAGUUAAUGUCACCUAAAAAAAAAAAACACACAUUAAGCCAGAUAGUGUAUGACCUUACUAUAGUACCUGUGCUCAUGCUAAUUGAUGUGUGUUUUGAUGAAAAAUUUAAAAUAAACCUGUUACAAAUCAA